GUGGAUGGCUGAGAGAGAAGGAGAGGCGAGUAAGAGGCGAAGAAGGAGGGCCGUGAGAGAGAGCGUGCGUGGCUUGUGGGGAGGCGCGAGGCGCGCGCGCGCCCUCCGUCCCUCCCGCCUGCCUCGUGCUUGCUUCUCGGGUACGCCGGCUGCUAACAACCGAGCGGGGCGAGGUGGCAGGCAGGCAGGCGCCACGAUAGCAGCAGCAGCAGCAGCGACCUGAGACGAGAGUCACCGCGCCCUGGUGUGCGCUUCCUUUCCUCCUCCUCUUCCCAUCCACCCCGCAAUAUGAGGGAAGAGGCGCCGUUCCCAUCGCCGUGAGCCGUUCAAGCGCCUCUGCCUCCUUCGCCUUGCAGAGCGGGCAGCCCCGACGCCCCCUCCCGCCCUGCACCUCCUCACAGUUCAGACGGGGCGUCCCCUCUCACCACCACUCGUCCUACCCGCGGGAAGCUAUGAGCCAUGAAGCCACCUGGCAGAAGUUCUCUGCGGCAGCCCUUCUCCGGCCGCCGGUGCCGUCACCCCCCCCGCAGCAGCUGCGGCGGCAGCAGCUGCAGCAACCGCCUCUCUGUCCCUGCCGCCGCCGUCCCCUUCUCUUGUCCGGCGCGGCUGUACCUGCCCAGCUUCUUCCACCUCUUCUUUUUGACGCUUCUGCUUUUCUGCUCAGGAUCACCACGGAAUUGGGGGGUCAUUGCGGACACCGCUCUGCAUUGGAAUGAAACUGCAGGAGAAAUAGAAAAAAAACAGGCAGAUGAAGACACUGCAUUUCAACAGACUAACAGUAAUAGUAGCAAAAACAACAGUCAAAGCAGUGAAUUCCAGAAAGAAAUUACAUUGCCUUCAAGACUUGUAUAUUAUCUGAACAGAGACUUUGAAAGUCCUUACCAUAUCUUGGAUACAAGGACAAGGCACCAGCAAAAACAUAACAAGGCAGUGCAUUUGGCACAGACAAGUUUCCAGAUUGAAGCCUUUGGCUCCACAUUUAUUCUUGACCUCUCACUGAAUAAUGAUUUAUUAUCCUCUGAUUAUGUGGAGAUAUAUUAUGAAGAAGGAAAACCACAAUAUUCAAAGGGAGGAGAACACUGUUACUAUCAUGGGACUAUCAGAGGUGUCAAGGACUCCAAAGCUGCUCUUUCAACAUGCAAUGGGCUCCAUGGUAUGUUUGAAGAUAGUUCUUACGUGUAUUUGAUAGAGCCUUUGGAGUUGACUCACAGUGUGAGAAGUACAGGUAGGCCACAUGUCAUCCAGAGGACAUUAGGAACAAAUACCUCAAAGCAAUUGGAAGACCUUGAUAAAGACUCCACUUCUGAAUGGCCCUUCCUGUCUGAGUUGCAGUGGCUAAGACGGAAAAGAAGAAGGAGAGCUGUAUCACGUGGUAUAUUUGAAGAAAUGAAAUACUUGGAGCUCAUGAUUGUUAAUGACCAUAAAAUGUUUAAAAAGCACCGAUCAUCCCAUGCAUAUACAAACAACUUUGCAAAAUCUGUGGUAAAUCUUGUGGAUGCUAUUUACAAGGAGCAACUGAAUACCAGGGUUGUUUUGGUUGCUGUUGAAACCUGGUCGGACAGAGAUCGUAUAAAUGUUUGCCCUGACCCAAGACAGAUGCUUCAUGAUUUUUCCAAAUAUCGACAACAUUUCAUCAAACAGCAUGCUGAUGCUGUGCACCUUCUCUCGAAUGUGACAUUUCAUUAUAAAAGAAGCAGCCUGAGCUAUUUUGGAGGAAUUUGUUCUGUGACUAGAGGUAUUGGAGUAAAUGAGCAGUAUGGCCUUCCCUGGGCAAUGGCACAAGAACUAUCCCAAAGUCUGGCUCAGAAUUUAGGAAUACAGUGGGAGCCAGGAGCCAGAAAACCAAGCUGUGACUGCACAGAAUCCUGGGGUGGAUGCAUCAUGGAGGAAACGGGUGUCUACCACCCCAGAAAAUUCUCAAAGUGCAGCAUUGCAGAAUACAAAGAAUUUCUGCUUCGUGGUGGAGGUUCCUGUCUUUUCAACAGGCCAACAAAGUUGUUUGACACCACUGAAUGUGGAAAUGGGUAUGUGGAACCAGGAGAAGAAUGUGAUUGUGGUUUCCAAACGGAUUGCAAAGCAGAGUGCUGUAAGAAAUGCUCACUUUCUAAUGGAGCUCAUUGCAGUGAUGGUCCAUGUUGUAAUGAAACCUGCCUUUUCUUUCCACGAGGCUUUGAAUGUCGCUAUGCAGUGAAUGAGUGUGAUAUUACAGAGAUCUGUACUGGGGACUCUGGCCAGUGCCCACCAAAUCUUCAUAAGCAAGAUGGAUUUGCUUGUGAUUCAAAUCAGGGACGUUGCUACAAUGGAGAGUGCAAGACUAGAGAUAAUCAGUGCAAAUACAUCUGGGGAACUAAGGCUUCAGGGUCUCAUAAACACUGUUACGAGAAGCUUAACACAGAAGGUACAAAAAAGGGAAACUGUGGAAAGGAUGGAGAUAAAUGGAUUCCAUGCAACAAACAUGAUGUGUUCUGUGGAUUAUUGCUUUGUGCAAAUCUUGAUGCAGUUCCACGAAUUGGUCACCUUCAGGGAGAAAUUAUUCCAACUUCCUUUUUUCACCAAGGUGUAGUAGUGAACUGCAGUUGUGGACAUGUACUUCUAGAUGAUAAUACAGAUUUAGGAUAUGUUGAAGAUGGAACUCCAUGUGGUCCUCAGAUGAUGUGCAUGGACAGAAGGUGCCUAUCUAUUCAGUCUCUGAAUAUAAGCAACUGCCCUAUUGGUGUUAAUGGAAAAGUUUGUUCAGGACAUGGGGUAUGCAGUAAUGAAGCCACAUGCAUUUGUAACGAUACCUGGGCAGGCACAGAUUGUAGUAUGCAUGACCCUAGAAGGAAAGAAGACCCAGGGAAACCAAAUGGACCGAAGGAAAUGUCAAAAAGAGAAGAUAUGAUCCAAGUCAACAAGGUAUCUAAGGAACUCACUGGAAGAGCUUUUCCGUGUAUUACUGGAUUCUGGAUAUGGUGGCUUUUUGUAGUAGCCCUACAGAAAAUACAUCACUGCAGAAGAAAAUUAAGCCAGCUGAGAUAUUUAUGAAAGGGCUGAAGGAAAACUGUCCUUUUUGGAAAUGCAAGUUUAAGAACUCCCUUUACUUACUCUCUUUUUUUAAUGUGUUAAAAGACAAGACAGAUGU